AGAUUAUUGGAGGGCUGGUCGAUCGAAUUGUCACCGACAGGAAAUUCAGGAUGCUUUCCGUAAAGAGUUUGAAGGGCUUUCAGUACCAUGCCUUCACUGCCUUCGUUCACGUCGUCAUGCCCCGCCCAACAUGGGGCUCAAGGACUUUUGCGACAAGUGGGAGUUCUAUCGAUUCUUCUCUACUCAAGAUACAGCGAGCGACGGCUCUGAAGCCCAAACCUGUCUUCGACAACUCUCUACCCUUUGGAAAAUUCUUUACUGAUCAUAUGCUGGAGAUUGAGUGGGAUGAGAAGGAUGGGUUCAGUGCCCCGCAAAUCGUUCCUCACCACCCCUUGUCGAUCGACGCAGCGGCACCUUGCUUGCACUACGGCGUCCAAUGCUUUGAGGGCAUGAAGGCGUACAAAGACAAAUCAGGUGUGGUGCGAUUGUUUCGACCCGACAAGAAUAUGAAGCGUCUCAACGACUCGUGCCAACGCCUAUCCAUGCCCAUGUUCGACGGCAAUCAGUUCAUCGAAUGUCUCAAACAGUUCCUCAAGGUAGACCGAGACUGGAUACCGGACAAGGAUGGGUUCUCGCUCUACAUCCGGCCGACUGUCAUUGCCACGAGCUCUUCGCUCGGAGUUCAUCCGGCUCAUCAUGCUCUCUUCUACGUGAUCGCCUGCCCGGUGGGACCUUACUUCAAAGACGGCUUCGCCCCGGUUAAGGUGCUGGCGGAGUCGAAGUUCAAGCGAGCAUGGCCGGGGGGGACUGGCUGCAACAAGGUUGGAGGCAACUAUGCUCCUGGGCUCCUUCCGCAGAAGAUGGCGGCACAGCAAGGCUACUCGCAAGUGCUGUGGCUGUUCGGGGAGGAGGAUUACGUCACCGAGGUCGGUUCGAUGAACUUCUUCGUCUUCUGGAAGAGGGCGGACGGCAAGCGGGAGCUCAUCACAGCCCCGUUGGACGGCACCAUCCUUCCAGGUGUGACGCGAGACAGCAUCUUGGAACUUACGAGAGAAUGGCGUGAGUUCGAGGUGUCGGAGAAAACUUUCACCAUGGCAGAUCUCAUCAACGCUGCAAACGAGGGGAGGGUGAUCGAGAUCUUUGGAGCUGGAACAGCAGCCAUUGUAUCACCGAUCAACGGGAUCUCAUACAUGGGAAAGGAGUAUGCGAUACCUUGCGGCAAGGACGGCAGAGCUGGGGAGUUGUCGACGAGACUGUUCCACGAGCUUUGUGACAUUCAAUAUGGCAGAAAGCAGUUUCGUGAUUGGUCCGUGGCCAUCCAUUAA